UGCCGCCACUCAGUACUUCCUGCCGGCCGCCUGCUCAACCUCUGCUCCGCUCUGCUGGUCUCAAAUUGGUCUUUAGCAGCUCCACACAGAACUGCGAGUGCGUGACAUGAAGCUCUGCUUUGUUCAUCUAAGUCUUCUCGUUAUGGCUCUCCUGACAGAACUCCCCGGAAGUGCUCUGAGUUUCAGUAAUGGUGAUGGCAAUAAUUUCACCGACUCACAGGGGGACGUGUGCGCGUCGCUGCCCGGGCUUGAGGAGUGCCUGUGGGCGCGGGUGGCGCUGCUGGCGGAUCGCGCCGCCGCCUCCAACGUGUCUGCGCGGCUGGGCGGUGUGUCGCUGGUGCGCCUGCCUGAGGACGCCGCGGCAGGCGGCGGCGAAAGGCAGAGCCGCGGGGCGCGCGCCCUGCUGGAGGAGGCGCGCGCGGGGGCGACCGGCCGGGACCGGCUGCAGCGCCUCAGGGAGCUGGCCGGGGGCGCCGUGCUGCGCUUCUUGCGCUCUCGAGCUCUCAGGGUCCGGCUGCCCGACGGUCGCACGUACAAAGGCGCGCAGCGGCGCCUGAAGAAGAUGCUGUACCCGUUCCUGGCGGGCAUCGUGCUGAAGGCGGCCGCGGCGCUGCCGCUGGUGCUGGCUGCGCUGCUGGGAGUCGGCCUGAAGGCGCUGCUGGCCAGCAACGUGGCGCUCGCCAUCACCGCCGGCCUGGCGCUGCGCACCUUCCUCUUCUCCGACAGCGGCGGCGGCGGCGGCGGCGCCAAGCUGAGCACUUCCUACCACCACGCCUUCCCGGUGCACCACGAGCCGCUGUACCACUACUCUGCCGAGCAGAGCCACGCGCAUGCCCAGUACGCUCACCCGGAGCCCCCCUACGGGCAUUCGGCUCAAGCGGGCGACAUCGGCGCCGCAGUGGGCUCGCCGCAACCCUACCCGUACGGUCGGGCUAUGCCCGGCGUCGACCGCCUCGGAUGGACACCCGUAGCUGCCGACAGGAUCAGUGAAGACAACUGGAGCCCUCUGGAUGUGGGACUCUGGCGCCAUUCGAUCCCUUACGAUCAAACUGACCACGGCAUGUCCCAGCCUACACACGAUUACGAUGCUUAUUCCGUCACUAGUUUUCCAUCAAUUACGUCACCCUUCCCUGCCUCAAAUGACGAAAAUCGUGGUCAUAACGAUCAGCUGACGAUCUCGGCCGCCGCUCAGGGAACUGAGUCAGCACCGAAUCUAGCAGACAGCAGGGAAAUUAAUGCAGUCAGUCUCAGCAGUGGUAUCUAGUCUGUUCUAGGAGGCAGUACUUCUUUGUUCGGCCUUCGGUCUUUACAAAAUUUUAGUGCUAGUGAAAACUGCACGUCCCUCUUUCCUUCCAGACCUAAUGUAAUAAGACUGGUUCAGUGACAGCUGCCGUAAUGAGGGAAAAAGUCGAGGAAGUAUCAGCAAUGGAAUCUCCGUAGUAACCAUCGAAAGGCAAGAAAUGGAACCAUUAUUGUCUGCACUCCAUUUAAAACAAACUUGCCUCUGUCGUUUGCAUAAUACUAUUCCUACCGAAUUCUAACUGUUAUGUGAGACGCAGAUAUCCGACGUAUGUGCUGCUGGAUAGCACUACUGAAAUUAGUGUAUUGAUUAUUUAUUGAAUUAUUUAUUAUUAAAUGUAUUUAUUAAAAUA